AACUGCACGACCCUCGGUGACUACAGUGAUUUGUACCUGAAGGUGGACGUUCUCCUUUUGGCCGACUUGAUGGAAAACUUCCGUGACCUCUGCAUGUCGACGUACAAUCUCGACCCCGUGUAUUAUUAUACGGCGCCAGGGUUUACGUUCGACGCCAUGUUGAGGUAUACGGGCGUCUCACUGGAGUUACUCACUGAUUACGAUAUGGUACUCUUUGUGGAACAGGGGAUUAGAGGGGGGUUGGUCCAGGCCAGUGAACAGUACUGUCGAGCCAACAACCCUAAAACGCCCGGGUAUGACGCCGAGAAGCCCCCGUCGUGGCUCGUCUACCAGGAUUGUAACAACUUGUACGGGUACGCCAUGGGAGAGUACAUGCCCUACGCGGGGUUCAAGUGGUAUGAGGGGGAUUUGGAUCGCUCUCUAGAGCUGUUGGACGGAAUGACUGACAAAUCCGACGUUGGGCGUAUCUACGAGAUCGAUAUCGCUUAUCCCGAUAACCUGCAUGACGCGCACAACGAUCUCCCCUUCUUACCACGAAAUGCCGUACCGCCGGGCUCAAAAGUGAACAAGUUAAUGGCUACGCUGGAGCGGUAAGAGCGGUAUAUAGUUCACUAUAGAAAUUUAAAGCAAGCCAUUGC